GGGGCUGUUUCCUGCUUUCCCCCUCCUCUGCUUCUCCUCACUCCCAUUUUCCUCUCUCACUUCCCCUCAUUCCUCCAUUUUUUCCUACCAGAUCCGCUGUUUUUCGCCCCGGAAUUCGAGUUUUCGACCCUGAAAACCCCUGGUUUAGUGCUCUUGACGGCCUAAACCCGUCACAUUUCCGGUGUUUGGGUUAAAGGUACACUAUGGUGUCACUAUAACUCCGAAAAGAGGUUUAAUGAUGGCCAUCGUUUUGGAAUGAACUCAUUUAUUGUCGUCGAUCCAAGUCCGUGAAUGUGAGAUUGAAGAUUCCACUUUCUUCAAGCUUCUUUGCAUUGGACAUAUUCGGAGAUAUUCCAGUUUUUUCUAUUUCAGGGAUUUCAGUUGGAGGGCGUUUCAGAAAACCUGGUUUGCCUUGCAACUCGAUAUGAAGAUAAGUUAAGAUUAAAGUAAUAUGAGAAAAAACCAUUCGAAAAGGAAGGUUCUGUUUACUGGGAUUAUGGGUUUUUGUUUAGCAGUUCAACUAAUUAUGGGGUUUUGCAACAUUUAGAGGUUCUGGGUAUUGGAUUUUGGAGGUCAAUUUUUUUGUGGAUUUGUUUAAUUACUGCUUCUUACUUUAAAUUGGGAGGGAUAAGUUUAGGGUUGCACAAUGCUGGAGCCAGAGCUUUGUUCUGCUCGCGUUCUAUCGCCUUUUCGCGAGGAAAGUGGUGAUGAAGAGCUCUCUGUUCUACCUAGGCACACCAAGGUCAUUGUUACUGGUAACAACAGAACAAAGUCUGUUUUGGUGGGCUUGCAAGGUGUUGUGAAGAAGGCUGUGGGCCUCGGUGGUUGGCAUUGGCUGGUUUUGAAGAAUGGGGUUGAAGUUAAGUUGCAAAGGAACGCUCUGAGCGUGCUGGAACCCCCGACCGGGAAUGAAGAAGAUGAUGAUCAUGACUUUGAUAACUCUAGCAGUAGUUCCGACAUUGGUGAGAAGGACAACGAUUUCUCCAGCAGCAUUGAGUUCCACAAAUUGAGCAAGCCAAGAGCCCGACAUACAAGGCCCUGGGCACCAUCUGCAUCAGUGAAAUUGACCAACCGCAAUAGCCACCGCGAAGUCCAAUCUGGCAUUGAUGCUCCUCAACCAAUUGUGAACUUGGCAAAACUAGGAACUGAUUCAUUGUGGAGAUAUUGCAAAAAAUUCAACAUUGGGAAUCUUAACUCUAAUUCAUCCAGGGAACAAAUGCUUAAGGCCGUGCAGCAGCACUUCACAGCACAGCAAGUGGAGGAGGUACCUGUGAUCAUGGGGUUCAUCCGCGCAGCCAAGAGACUGAAGACAAGUGGAGGAAGUAGCCGUGAUCAUGGAGUUCAUCCGCACAGCCAAGAGACUGAAGACAGCUAACUCAUAGAGGAAACAGAGUGAGAGAACUGAACCCUAGAAGUUGAAUGCUUGUAAAAUUAUAUGCAUAUGCAGUAGUUUAGCUUAGCUUAGCUAGUUUCCUAACCUUUAGAUGAGCUCUAAUCACAAAAACUUGUCCUAACCCUUUAACACAUACUAUAAAACCCCUUGCUUUGCUAAUUCAGUAGAAGGCAUUAGUCCUUUUGGGUUGAA